AGCAUAAGUAAUGUCAUUGUUGUAGUGUUCUCGCACAGCGUAAGCAAGAGUGUUGUUACUGAAUACAAAUAAAGAAUUAAAUACAUCGAGGAUUUCGAACGAAUAUACGUUUUUUAAAGUGUGUUGCCUUUAAAGCUUAAGUAUGAGAGAUUUAAAGAAAAGACUUUCACAAAGCAUUGAACAUUUGCAUGAUCUUAUGUUUGACAGGAACGAAGUGGAUUCUGUGCCAUCAGGCGCAGAUUAUACAGGAGUUAUAUAUCGCGAAGGAUAUUUGUUUAAACAAAGUCGUCGAAUGAGAAGAUACUGGAAGACGAGAUACUUUGUAUUAAGAAGCGAUGGUCUGUUGUACUAUCGAAGCAACUUAGAAAAAGAUAACGUUCCUCUUGGGGUAAUACCUCUGACACGUCUCAGUGUCCAUGUCGACUGUAUGGACAACAAAGGAAAACCUAAGUAUUGUCUACGACUGUCUGGGAAACAUUUGAAAACCUUUAUACUUUGCUGUUUUGCGAGUGACGAACGAAACUGUUGGCUUACCGCCUUGUUAACGGCAAUCUCCGAGGAUAUAGUGUCAACGUUCACUCUUCGUAAAUAUCGUGAUGAGAGAUGUUCAUCAGUAUCAAGCACAGACAGUGGCAUAUGGGAAGGACCUAGCACUCCUCGAGGUCCAUCACCGCGCAAUAAAACAUUACUAAAUAUAAACAGACACAGUGCAAUGAAACGUACAGGCUCGUGUGAUAUUAAUGUUCUUUAUCAUCAAAGACAAUUGAGUCGUGAGAAGUAUUUAAUGCGUCGACCGUCAAGGAGUUUAGGUAGUCUUGCUCAGUUAAACGAACUUCGUGAAUUAGAUGUAAGUGUAACUAAUGACAAACGUGCAGUGAAUGCACCAAAAAAAACAAGAAAACCAUCGCGGUUUUGGAAAUCAAAAACACGUUCGUCGGACGAAAUGACAAACUGGCAAAGCAGCUACAUCGAUUUAUCGUGCAUUGCUUGAUGCCAAAAUUCUACUUUGAUACACUUGAUUGGAGUCGUUAUGUUAUUGGCGUUGUGGCUUUGUAAACAAAAACGUCUCAGUUACCUAGGCGAUGAGAUACUUAUCUAUUAAAAUUGUUCAUAUCUAAGUUAUUGCAAGGAGGAAAGAAGACUUUAAAUUAAACGGGAAACCUUCGUUAUUAUAGUAAUCUGUUAUAUAGCAAAUAGUUUACGUAACAGAUGUUGUAUAAGCUGACCUUAAAUGGACUGUACAUAAUGUAUUUCCUGUUUUAACUUUAAUAAAUUUCGCAUUUUACGUGCGCUUAAAAACGCUAA